AUGGGAUACGUGUUACAAGUAGAUUUUAAAAUGAAUGGACCAUUCGGGGACGAAAUGGCGGAGCAAUUCAGUGGUUUAGCAAAAAGUAUCAAUGAAGAGGAAGGGUUCAUGUGGAAAAUUUGGACAGAAAGUCCCGAAAGAAAUGAAGCUGGUGGAAUCUACGUUUUCGAAACUAAAGAAACAGCAGAAAAAUAUUUAGAUAUGCACUCAAAGAGAUUAGCUGGGUUUGGAGUUACGGGUGUCAAUGCAAAAAUCUUUGCUAUAAAUUCUAAACUUAGUGAGAUCACUAAUGGUCCAGUAAAACAAUAG